AUGAAUUUUAAUUCGGGUAGUCAUCUAGGUGCCAAAAUAAGUACGGAGACGCCGUGUGCAGAAAAUGCUGCUGCUUCUCCACCUGCACAAAAUAACUCUAUCGUUGAUGAGAGAAAUGGUCGCAAUUUGAAUGUGGGAGAGGACGAGCGAGAUGAAGAGGAGGAAAGAAAUGAUGACGGAUCGACUCUCUGGACUGCAUGCCCUUAUUCCUAUUGCUAUUAUAUGUAUGAGUAUCCUAAUCUGUAUGCUGAUUGUACACUGCGGUGCCAUAAUUGUAAGAAAGCGUUUCAGGCGGUGGUAAUUCCGUCGCCACCGGCGCAGUUGGAUGGACAAGAUGGGUACUUUUGCUGCUGGGGAUUUAUACUAAUGGGGUUUUCUAUGGAGAAUUGGGAGAAAAACAAGGGUGCUGCCUCAUCUUGGACUCCCUUUUCACCUAUGUUCAAUACUAGAAAGCCUCCACGGAAGAGCCCGGCUCCUAGGAUAUAUUUUGAUGACGAUGAGGUUUUUGUUGAGGUUUCAGAGUCAAGUGAGUCUGAUGAUGAUGAUUGGAAUAAGGAUGCAGAGAAAAGGAACAAGAAAGGACGUGUGGAUAAGGGGAAGAAUGUCGAUGAUUCAGUACCUCCAAACGGGGUGGAAACCCCUAAUAAAACAGCAGCCGAGUCGAGCAAAAAAUUGGAUUUGAAUGUGGAAUUCAGCAAUGAAGCUGAGGAUCCAGCUCCUAGAGCGAAGCAAGGGAAUGGGCGAAGCCGCGGGGAGGAUGAUAACAUUGAACGGAUUGGGUUUUUUGAGGGCCUUGAUGAAUUCCUUAGCAGUCUCCCCAUUCUUAAUGUCGUAGGUGAUGAUAAGGCUGUCAAGGCUGCAUAA